ACAAGGACUUCCAAAACACGCCUUGCGGCAUCACCCGCUGCCAGAACCAGGAGCUGAGGUGUGCCCAGCCACGCCCACGGCUGAAAACCAUGGCAAGACCUCAAGGGAGUCUGAAAUCCGGAAGGAAUCGGAUUACCCUUCUGUUACUCCAGCUGAUCAUGGGAAUUCAUGGUCUGCUAGUCAGGGUUAUGCUGAUGCCUCCACCGAAGAGAGCUCAGCCUUCUCUUGGGGCUAUGAUGAAUUUGAUAAAGCUGCCACACAGCAAGUUGAGCAGAUGUUCAGACAAAUUGAUGAGCUUCUCUAUGAGCAGAAAGAAAAUGAGCAAAUUGAGGGACUGCGGGAAGAAUGCCAGCAGUGGACAUCCAACUUUCCUCAUCUCAGGGUUGUGGGGAAGCAGAUUGUGAUCCCCACAGAUGAAGGGUACAGAUGGUAUUCAAGUUUACCUUCUGGCAGUUUAGGUUCCUCAGAUGUAAGUUCACCAGAAAAAGAUUCUAAUGAAUUUAGUGUUUUUGGCAAGAAGGUACCUCUUUCUGUUACUCCCAUUCACAAAAAGGCUGACCGUUCCAAGUCGUCGACCUUGUGUUCUCCUGAGAGCGAAGAAGGUGAAGAUGGAGUAAUUGUCUCUGAAGGUGUAAUGGAGGAAUAUUUAGCAUUUGACCACAGAGAUGUGGAGGAGGAACUGCGUGAGAGGAAAAAGGGACUGUCCUCUGGUAGACGGAAACUGGGGUUUCCUCCUAUCUCUCCAUAUGCUUGUAUGAAGGAUUCUGUGCUUACAUUUGUGUUUGAUGAUGUGUGGAGUGAAGUCCUAAGCUGUAUGGAAGAAUUAAUCUGCAGACACUGGGAAGGGUCAGCCUCCGAUGAUGAGAAAAAUAUCGUAACAGUAGAAACAAUCAGAGCAGAACCUGGAAGUCCUUUGCAGUUUGAUCCUCUGCCAGUGGUGUUACCUCGUGUGCCACAAACUAAAAUGCCCUCAGUGACAUCAAAUCUGUGCCCAAAACCCAGAUGUGGCCGCAAAAGCAAAAAGAGGAGAAAACCACCUCAAGUAAAUCUCUCUCAAGGGUCAAGUACUGGCUCUCAAUGUAAUCUAAAUGGCUUGAUGGUAAUACAGGGGAUCCAGUUACAGCAAAGGAAUCUGCCUGUAAUGGAGAAAACACUGGAUCUGGAUGACAAACAGCUGGGUUCCAGUUCAAUCCUCUCUACCAGAGUGUGGCCAAAUCGUUCUCUAGAGCUCAGCACAUCAUCCCUGGCACAUUCCACAAGAAGGCGAAACCCACCACCACGUACCCUGCAUCCCCUCAACACAAGCCACUCUCGUACUGGGACCCCAGGGUCUGUGGAUGAUGUCUUCAGGGGAACUCACUUCCUGACUGCACACGAGCAGCUUACCUCAUCCUCCCCACUGCUGCUAAACCGAAAUAAUCUCCUACCACCUAUUAAUACCACCAAUGUGGCAGGUCAUGUGAGCACCGCAGGAUCCCAGAGGCAAACGAAAUCUCGAGGGAACUCAAGUCGAGCUCACAGUGUAACAGCACAAGAAGAUACCCACCAGCAGCUACCGGAGCGGCUUUUCUUACCUGAUCAUUCCUCCAAGCCUAACACAACCAACACAUUCUUGCUAGAUCCACAGCACCGCCGUUCGUACACUGUUACUGAUCACAGUAAUCAAUCUCGGACAAGCAGAGGAUCAAUAGGUUCAGGUCUUCAGCUGCAUGGUUCUGUCAAAGCCCACAGGCGAAGUGGAUCAGUCACAAAAAGCAAACAGGGGUCUAACGUGCCAUGA